GGUCGGCUAAGCUACCGCAUGAUUGUAUCGUACGAUGGUACGGCAUACUGCGGCUGGCAGCUGCAGCCGUCGGCGCCCACCGUACAGCGAUUCCUGGAGGGGGCCUUAUGUACGGUACUCCGAGAGGAGCGAGCGGUAUUGGGGGUGCGGGCCGCGGGCCGUACAGAUGCCGGAGUGCACGCGCGUGGUCAGGUUGUUCAGUUUAGCUGCGACAAGGAACUCGACGUGACCAAGAUGCCGUACAAACUGAACUCCGUAUUGCCACACGACAUUCGUGUACUGCGCAUGAGCCGUACGGCACCUGAUUUUAGCGUCACCUGCAGCGCGCUUGGAAAGUGCUACCGCUACAGCAUCACCAACGGCGAGACACACGACCCGCUGAGGCACCGUUACGCCCUGCACGUGCGCCGACAUCUUGACCUGGCCGCGAUGCGUUCCGCCGCCGCCUUGCUGACCGGAACUCACGACUUUAGUCAGUUUUCAAAUAUUGGGGAGGAGGGCGGCAGCCCGGAUGUACAGCGGCGGCGACGGCAGCGCAAUCCGGUCAAGACGCUUCGUCGAGUGGAUGUGGUUGAAGGCAAUGGCUUCCUGUACAAGAUGGUACGGCACAUCUCAGGGGUCCUGGUGGCUGUGGGGGAGGGGAAGCUGCAGACGAAGGCGGUGGGGCGCAUGUUGGAG